AUGGCGACAGAAAAGUCAGAGCCUCACCAAAAGGCUCUCUACGAUGAGAAAGAUGCCACGGUCCAAGUCUCAGGGACCCCGAGCGAUCAGGACAGCAACUCACCAGCCGAGGACGAACCAGCGGACAAGCCAAUCCCCUGGACGUACAAAUGGAUUGCCCUAGCUUGUGUCAUCGCCUUUCCCAUUGGUCAGAACUGGACGAACGCAAGUCUGGGUCCGUUGAAGAACACUCUUCGUGAGGAACUCAACAUCACGAACGCCCAGUUCGGAGUCAUUGCCAGUGCCGACUCAUUUGUCAACUCCAUCUUUCCCAUCUUGGGAGGAAUGAUUCUGGACUGGUGGGGUCCUAAUCCCGUCACGAUCUGCUGCACUGUAAUCAUCUUUAUCGGGUCCGUGAUUGCUGCCGCUGCUAUUCACGUCACUGCUUGGCGGAUGCUGGUUGCUGGCCAUAUUGUCAUGGGAUUUGGCAUUGCCGUUCUUGACCAAGCCCAACAGAAGUUCAUUUACCAUUGGUUCGGUGCCGGUGGUCUCGCCUUCGCUUUCGGUCUCGAAAACGCACUCUCAAGCACAGUCGGCCUCGUCGCAGGCAUGGUCGCUAUCCCGAUCCGAGACAAGACUGGCUGGUAUGGAUGGACUUUCUGGGUGCCUGCCUUCUUCUGCUGCGCCAGUAUGAUCAUCAACAUCUUCUAUGUCAUCUUCGAGAGGACAUGGAUCCCCAAGUCGUAUCGCCUCACUUCGGCAAGGGCUAAGGUGGUUGCUAAGAAUCAUGGACUUAAUGUCAAGAAGACAUGGUCUUGGGACUCGUUGUUUCAUCUUCCUUGGCAGUACCUCAUGCUCCCUGGUACUCAGAUCCUGCAGAGCGGUGGAGCCAAUGGCUUUGGUGUUUCGGCUGCCGACAUGAUUCGUAUGAAGGGAUACAAGGAAGAAACAGCCGGCUUCAUGACCACGGGACAAAAGGUUAUUCGGAUCGUUGGUGCUCCCAUUAUCGGAUGGCUCAUCGAUAGAUAUGGACACCGCUUUCACUUGGUUGCCCUGGCUCCUCUGGUCUACAUCCUUGCCAACUCGUUGAUCGGAUUCACCAACGCUCACCCACUCGUGGCCCUGGUGUUCCAGUCUAUUGCUGGGCUGAUCAACGGAAUGCCUCUCAAUGUCAGCAUCCCUCUGCUCGUGGCUGACCAGGACAAGCUUGGCACUGCUUUUGGAGUGUGGCGAGCCUUCAACAACUCAGGUGCCACUAUUAUGGAAGUUGUCUACGGUGUCGUGCAAGACGGCACUGAGAAGAUGGGCUACGGCAGAGUGUUGAUCAUGUCGUCUUGCAUCAAGGCGGUGGGUUUCUUUAUUGGCCUGUCCUACAUCCUCGUCGACUACAAGAAACUCGGUAGGGGAAUCACCAUGACCAGAAAGGAGCGAGAGAGGCGUGAAGGAGACAUCACCGAUCGGGACAGUGAUCCACUCACCAAGAGAAGAGUGUAUAAGCCAUGGACCAUCUACACUCUGUCGGCAUUAGUUGCUAUGAUUGUGACGGGUUGGACGCUGUUCAUCAAGUAUCUCAGCUAG